CGGAAGCUUGUCUGGCGGGCGGCUCCACUCCUUGUUCGCCAUUCCUGCGUAAGGGAGCGAGUUGGCGGUGUGGAGAUUGAGAUACUCUGAAAAUACUUAACUAAAAGUGCUUUAAAAAGGUUUUUAGCGGACGAUGGCAGAGCAGGAUCCCACCCCCGAGCAGCUGGCGGCGAUCGCGGCAGAGAACCGGGAAGUAGAGACCUCGGUGAACUACAAGCCGCCAGCACAGAAAACCCUGCAGGAGAUCCAGCAGCUGGACCAGGACGACGAGAGCCUGCGCAAGUACAAGGAGGCUCUGCUGGGAAACGUCAGCAUCGCAGUGGCUGACCCCAAUGCCCCAAAUGUACAGGUGACAAAGCUGACGUUGGUGUGUGAAACUGCUCCUCUGCCUCUAACCCUGGACCUGACAGGUGAUCUGGAAGGCUUUAAAAAGCAGUCGUUUGUCCUGAAGGAGGGAGUGGAGUACAAGAUUAAAAUCAGUUUUAAGGUUAACAGAGAUAUUGUCUCAGGCUUGAAGUACGUCCAACAGACCUACAGGAAAGGAGUUAAGAUUGACAAGACGGACUACAUGGUGGGCAGCUACGGGCCGCGCCCCGAAGAGUACGAGUUCCUGACGCCGCUGGAGGAAGCGCCCAAGGGCAUGCUGGCCAGGGGCACCUACAACAUCAAAUCGAAAUUCACAGACGACGACAAACACGACCAUCUGUCCUGGGAGUGGAACCUCAACAUCAAGAAGGAGUGGAAAGAUUAAUCCAGCCAGCAGUGUUAGGAGAAGCCCUACCGAGUUAUCAACCCCCAACCGAAUCAGCAGCUAUACAGUACACCACCUAGACUACUACUACACCCCAUACUGUACCAAAGUGAUACCACAACUUUUCCUUUGUUUACGAAAGAACAGCAUCACCAUCCAAAAGAACGAAUUUGUACUGCAGAGUAAGAACAUUGUAGCUGGCGAGAGAAACACGAGUUGUAAAAUCCAGUAUUUGUUUAAAAAGAAAAUGAUGGCAUGGCUAUUUGUGUUAGUCCUCCCUUCAUUAUUUUUCAUACCCCCCCCCCGUUUUUGUUUUGUUUAGGUUCUGCUUUACCGAGAGCUGCCUUCUGAAAUUAUCAGUUAAAGAACCAUGACAGAAGUAUUAGAUCUGUAUUUUUUCAGAGAGAAGGAAAGGGCUUUUCAAUACUGCUAGGCAAACUUUCGAAGCAAACGGUAUCAAAUUGAAAGACUUGGUAGUUGAGGCUGCAUUUAUUUGUGUACACUGCUGUUGGUUUCUUCCUUCCCUGCUGUUCCAAUGAGAUUGGGACCCAGUCUGUCUUUUCUGUAACUGGUAAACUGUUGUAAAUACAACAUUCUACUUGCAGUUUGCCUUGCAGUUUUGGAGGAUUGUUGUUUCUUUCUCUCUUUUAAAAUACUGGCCCAGUCUGAUGUCAACAAGUAUAUAUAUAUAAUAAAACCUAUAUAUAGAUGUGUACAGUUAGAUUUAGAGGCAGUUUCCUUAAUCAUUCAAUUAAACCAAUUAAUUUCUUUUAACCAUGUUGCCUUAAUGAUUGCUGUUGCGAAAAAACAAAUGCAAAAAUAAUAAAAGUAGACUACUUGCAUAUAUUGUGUUUCCUGUGCAGAUCUGACUGCAUAUGAAGUUUGUUUUUCCAGUGGAGUAAAGGGACAGUCACAGUUGCUCUGAACAGUGCCAGCCCAAAUUGAGUAACUAAUAUGCAGAAUUGUGGAGCCAGUUCUAGUCCAUUUUUAGUCUGUUUAGAGUUUAAAGAUUAUAUAACAAUUAUGUGAUAAAGAAAUUAAUGGGAGAUGUUUUUUGAGAGCUGAUAAUUCCACAAAAGUCAACCAUGUCACCUGAAUGUAUUGUAUUCUUUUAUUAGCUGGUUAAGGUGGGCUGACACCCGGUAAAUUAAAGAGAGUGCAAGAAAACAUCACUACCAUUGGAUGCCACACUCCUGAGUCGGCAUUUGACCUGUUGAUUAAAAUCACGCUGCUGAGCUGAAGUAAAAUGUCUAAGGUCUUUCUUGGGGGAGGGUGUUUUCUUAAAGGAAUGGCAUACAGAAUAACAUCUUGAAGCUGAUGUGACAAAGCCCCUAUUACUGUGUUUAAGAAGGGGGCCAUAAGAUGUGCAAGUCAUUGCACUGUUACCUGUAAUAAUAAAGCAAGGAUGCAAAGUAGGCUGUUUGGACUGAAAACUUCAGUUUGGAAAAUGUUAUAAAUACUACAUGCAGGGCCUUUUGAAACCUAGUGUUGUAUUGAAAGGAACAGAAAAAAAUAGUGUCGUAACAUUUGUGCAAAUGAAUGUGCCUGCUUCAUUUUUUUAUGUCUCCUUUCUCAUCAAAUAAGCAGUAUCCUUUUUUUUUUUUUUUUUUUUUUUUUUUUAUUUUCAGUCUCACCUGCGCCGUGAAAGGCCAGGCCUUCCGACUUCAGAAAUGGGAAUUGGAUUAGUUCAGAGUCAACAAAGGUGCUUACUGUAUCUUUGAUCAUACUGAUGGAAUACUGUAGUAGGGGUAAAGAUGCCUUACGUGAAUUAAGACCUAUUUUUCAAUAAAACACACACACACCAACACUUGCCUCUUAUGGAUCAGUAUUUGAUAGAGAAUAUAGGACAACUUCCUCGCACUCCCAUGAUAGCAGUGUCAUUAAUUUCUGUAGAUCUCUUAACAGGCUUUCAGAUAGGAUACAAAAACUACAGUGCCGCCACCAGGGCCAACAUCAGAAAAGAAAGAAAAUAGGCUUGUAGCCUAGUAACAAAGUUGUAGGAAUUGAAUGGCAACUUUUGGAGCCCAAUUCGAUUUAACGUUUUGAUUGGAGAGACAUUAGGAACGAGAACCAAUGUGAAUGUUCAGCGCAAUUGCAGCUCAUUUAAAGGAUUUCUCCACGUUUUUGUUUUUCACAAAAUCUUACUCCUCCAGUUAAAAAGUGAGUUGAAUUUAGGGUUAUCUAGUGUGUAUUCAAGUCAGUAAUAUUCCAGAAAGGGGUCAUGGCUAUUGAAAGGGUUAGGGUUCAAAGCAAGUAGAUUUUAGGUAUUUCUGGCCGUUUCAGUAAGUGUUUGUGAUUGGCUGGGUACGUGUUGGUGAGUGUCAUAGCCAGUAGAAAUGGGACCAGUUGAGUAGUUACGUGUAGCUGUGUAAUGUGAUUUUACCCACAAACCCUUUUUUCCUACUUUUUAAAAAAUAGAUUUUUUUUACUUUGUCUGUUUUGCUACUUCUGUGUAGCCUGGAAAACAGUUUCCAGACUUCAGUUGACUACAAUAAAGUGUGAAGACUGGA